AUGGCGGAUAAGUUCGCCACCGCCCAUGCAGGAGCAAAGAAGGCUGAAGCAAGGGUCAACGAUAUCUUUGCGAUCAGGCAAACAACAGGCGAAGGACUCAGAGACUUCCUGGCACGAUUCAACAGGGUAAGAAUGGUCUUACCAAACGUAUCAGAAGGAAUGGCGGUCGCUGCUUUCCAAAACGGGUUAAACAGAGAUGGGUCGAAAGCGACCAAGAAGCUGCUCAAUCGACUUAUGAAGUAUCCCCCCACUACGUGGGAAGAAAUCCAUAAUGCCUACUGCGCAGAAGUGAGAGCAGACGAAGACGAUCUUAACGGUCCAACCCAACAACUGACAUCAGUGCAAUCAGAAGUCAAGAGGGAUCGACGCAACGACGAGCGACGGGAACCACUCCCACGAUUCAACAGAGAAAGGCAUCAGCCCUACGUCAGAGCCCCAAUCCGCCUCCUCCAAGACAUCCAGACGCCGUGCAACGACAUACCGCCCAGCUUCGGAAUGAAAGAGCUAGGCACAAAGGUACAAUGGCCACAAAAAAUGAAAUCAGAUCCUAGUGCAAGGAGGUCGAACGUCCUAUGCGAGUUCCAUCAGGAAAGGGGACACAAGACCGAAGAUUGCAUAGGUCUACGACAGGAAGUUGUCAGAAUGCUGAACCAAGGAUACCUGAAGGAGCUGCUCAGCGAUAAAGGGAGAGCUAAUUUUGCCAAGGGACGCGAUCAGUCCCAAGGACCACCGAAACCACCCUCUCCAGCACGCGCCAUACAGAUGAUCGUCGGUGGCGGCGACGACUCGUGUGCUGAGGAAAGAUCAUGGACUACAAUGGAACGAAGAAUGCAUCGAGGCCCUAAGGAAAUUGAAGGCAUAUUUAUCUUCGCUGCCGCUGCUCGUCAAGGCAGACCCCAGCGAGUGCCUACUUGUGUAUCUGGCAGUGUCCGAAGUCGCUGUCAGCGCCGUCUUGGUCCGCGAAAACAAAGGGAUAUUGCCAGAGGUGGAACAAGAGGCCCUCCGCGCCUCUGCUCACACCGACCUCUGGACCCUCUACACUGA